ACUAUGAGUACCUUACGGGAGGUGGCAUAGAUGGACUGAAGUCACUGUACAAAAUUAAAGAUUAUGUAGCUGAAAGAAAUGUUACGUACGAAGACUACGAUUUGAUCUACUUUCUUACAGGCUAUGACAUGGUUGCAGUACAAGGAAGCGUAAGGGAGUCGACUCUUGCAGGCUUCGCCUUUGUUGGGUCCGCCUGCACACCUACACGUGAGCAGCUUGGUGAAGACACUGCACACACUUACCGAGGAAUUCGCAUCAUGACACACGAGAUGGCGCACACAUUGGGGUGCUCGCAUGAUGGGACGGCUGUGGAUGGUCACUUGAAAGGAUAUAAAGCUGACUCCAUGAACUGUCCAUGGCAGGACGGUUACCUGAUGAGUUAUAUAGAAGAGGACAGCAGAAGCAUGAGAUUCUCAUCAUGCUGUGACUACGAUAUGUCGCGGUAUUCCUGGUCACGUGACCAGGAGAGGAUAAGAGCCGCGCCGAGGGAGGGCAGGUCACGUUACCAGCCGAGCAGGAGAGGUGCACUGGGGGAGGAGGCGACCAAUGAGAGGGCGCGCACUGGGGGGAUGAGGUGA